AGGUUAAUCCAGCCCUGCCUGGAGUGGGAACACCUACAGCCCCGGAGACUGGGAAGAGCAAACGUUCCCCUGUCACGUGUUACUGGCUCUUUAAGACGGGGCAUUUCAACCAUUGCCUUCAGCGCUGGCUCAACAGAUUCGACAGGCCUGGACCGGGAGUGGGGUGUGUGGCGAAUCUUAGGCUGGGUGACAGAGCGCGAAGGUGUCGGCGGGAAGAGCGCGCGGGCCGGAGGGUUCCAGAAGUGACUUUACCGAUGGAUCCCGAGCCCUUUGAAGUUGGACAUGCGGUACGAGAAGCUAUCAACAUCCUUUCCUCUUCCAGGAAUGGAGUCCAGAUCUCAGAGGCGCUUGGCACAAUUAAGUGCUACCUAGGUGGAACUGAAAACCAAGCCCCCCUGAAGGAGAGGGAAGAAUUUACCCGUGUGCAUUUUUCUGCCUUUCUGCGAGGUCUUGUCAGUAACCUGAGUCCAGAUUGGAUAGAACUUCUUACCUCUGAUCAGCAGAAGGAAUUAUGGGAUAGCUUUUUCUUGGAAGGGCCAGCUGACCAAGCCUUUCUGGUUCUGCUGGACUCCAUUAUUUCUAUGGGUCCCAGCUUUCGCCUGAUGAAGGUCAUUAGCAUCCUGGAACAGUUUCUGCAGACAGGACGCAUGUCGGCUCUGAUGUGGGAGGUCUGUCAUCAGCAGGCACAGGCUGGUUUACCCACAUUUCAAGAGACCCUCCUCAACAAGGUUGUGUGUCUGCCUGACCACUUGUGCAACAAGCUCCAGGGGAAUAACCUACCUAUAUUCUUCCCACAAAACUAUUUCCCUCUGCUGGCUACUGAAAUCAUCCAGGUGUUGCAGAGGAUCUCUGACUCAUUAAGAGGUGGCUUGGACUGUUCCAUCUCCUUCAUGUCUCAAGUGCUGGGGAAGGUAUGCGUGCAUGGGAGACAAGAAGAGAUUCUGAAUGUGUUGGUGCCACGCCUAAUGGAUCUCACCAAGGUGGACUGCAUCUGGCAGAGGAUGUGCUGGCGACUGGUCGAGUGUGUGCCAGAUCGUUGGAUGGAAGCAGUGGUUUGCGGCUUUGUUCAGAAAGCACCAGGGGCGGAUGUCUUGUCUCGAUUACUGGGGAAUCUGGUUGUGAAAAACAAGAAAGCUCAGUUUGUGGUGACCCAGAAACUACUACUCCUGCAAUACAGCUAUGUGACUGCAGUGCUGCAGAACCUCCUUGGAUAUCUGGCCCUAGACAGCCUUCGACGUUCCUUAUUGAUCAAAGUGCUGAAAGAACUCCUGGAGACCUGGGGCAGCAGCAGUGCUGUGAAACACUGUCCAGUUGAGCAACAACUGUAUGUUAGCAAGGCCAUCCUGAUUUGCCUCUCCCACCUGAAGGAGCCUGAAAUAGAGAGCAACAGACAAGAACUUCUCACCAGCAUGAUGGGAGGGAUGAAAUGCCGCCUGGACAGCAACUUGCCACGGGUUCGGCGUCUGGGAAUGAUAGUGGCAGAAAGCAUCAGUUCCAGAAUAACUACAGAUGGGCCCAGCCUGAAAUUCCAGUAUGAAGAUGAUGAUGAGACCAGAGAGCUAAAGUCUCUCCAGCAAACAGCACCACUACAGCUCCAUGUCACUGACCUGCCAAAUGCUGGCAGGAAUAACAGUCCAUCUGCUACACCAAAAGCUGUGUCAAAACCAAGUGGGAACCCACACCCAGCAACCCCUGCAGUGCCAGAGGAGGGAUCUGACUUGGAGCUUGACAGCGAUGAUGAUCUCGUCCCUUACGACAUGUCAGAGGAUAAAGAGCUGAAGAAGAUGAAAGCUCCUGUCUAUAUCCGAGACUGUAUUGAAGUCCUAACUGGAUCUGAAGACAUGGACAAGUGGGAAGCUACAAUGAAGGUUUUGGAGAGUCUGAUUCGAAGGAAUUCAGCUACUACAAGAGAGGUGAGCAUGGAGCUGGCUAAAGUACUGCUGCACCUGGAGGAAAAGACCUACAUAGAAGGCUUUGUGGAGCUCCGUAAGAGAGCCCUAGUGGCUGUCACCAUCAUAGAUCCAGUACCAGUGGUGCAGUAUCUGACCUCCCAGUUCUAUUCCCUGAACUACAGUCUCUAUCAGCGCAUGGACAUUCUGGAUGUCCUAGCUUUGGCUGCUCAGGAACUCUCUCAGCCCCAGGCCUCUGGGAAAAAUAAGCCCUGCAGCACCCAGAGUCCCUGCAUCCAGACCGUCUCUGGCAGUGACAGCUCCCAGAACUGGAGAAGGAUUGUGGAUGAGAGGAUCAAAAGCAAGACACACCGUUUGGCGAAGGGUCAGUCUCUAGUGGAACCGGCUUGUGGCCCAAACAAAUUCAGUUCUUUAGCUGGACAUUUCUUCUUCCCCCUGAUUCAGAACUUUGACAGGCCUCUGGUGACCUUUGACCUUUUGGGAGACGAUCACCUUGUGCUGGGAAGGCUGGCGCACACUCUGGCAAUCUUGAUGUACUUUGCCAUCCACACUGUGGCAGCUGCUACCAUGGGAAAGUCACUGCUGGAGUUCGUCUGGACCCUGCGCUUCCACACAGACUCGUAUGUGCGUCAGGGCCUCCUGUCUGCAGUCUCCUCCGUCCUCCUCAGUAUCCCCAGUGAGCGGCUGUUGGAGGACAUGACAGAUGAGUUCUUGGAGACCCAGUCCUGGCUGGAAGUGCUUUUCAUCAACUGCAGGAACAGUGCUGGCCGAGUGCCAAUACGCCAAGGAAAAAUAAAGGCCAAGGUGCUGCUGAGAUAAGACCAAGGUGUGGCGAUCACUGAGAUAAAAAUGGGUGCAGAAAAAUCAAAAAUCUUAUUGGGGCCAAAGAGCCAACAUGCACAUCGAAGCCCCCACUAUACCUAGCACAGCUUGUACCAGGAAUGAUUGGGAGGCUGGGUAAGAGAUGGUAAAGGAUAUUCAAUACAGAUCUUGUCUCCUCACCUCAUACACAAGUCUUCAUAUUGCCUGCUCAUCUCCACUGCAAUUUCACUCUCUAACCCACAGUUGGAAGGUUGCUCCUUUAACUGUACUAACCCAUCUAUCUGCAACUUUCUCCCCUCCUUCUUUCCCAUUAAUUGAAUCACAUCUUCUGCUCACAUCGCCUCACACACAAAACCCUUCUUUACUCCUGAGCUAGAGCAUGUUGUGACCUUACACAAUAAGGGAACCAUGCAUAAAAUAAAAUUUAAACCAGUAUGAUGCAUUCUAAAAACAACUUCCCCACCAACUUUCCCAGGAUCUCAGCAGCCACUGAAAAGAAUUCUGGGUGCCACAUAAGCAUCAGGUUCAUAACACAUGAGCCACAAUGAAUCCCUGGGGUGCCAGGUGGAUCAAUAACUCUCCAACACAAGGGCUUAUGCAUACAACAAGGCGCAAAAGGGAAGGUUGGUCUAGUGGUUAAAAGCAUAGGCUUUGGAGACAGGAAAAGACGGUUACUCACCAUUGUAACUGUUGUUCU